AUGCUGGUCACCGUGUACUGUGUGCGGAGGGACCUGUCCGAGGCGACCUUCUCCCUCCAGGUCAACCCUGACUUCGAACUGCACAACUUCCGCCUCCUUUGUGAGCUCGAGUCUGGCAUCCCUGUGGAUGAGAUCCAGAUCAUCUUCAUGGAGCGGCUCCUCACCGACGACCGCUGCUCCCUGGGCUCCUAUGGCCUCAGAGACGGUGACGUGGUGGUGCUGCUGCAGAGGGAGAGCGCGGGGCCGCGGCCGCACGGACGAACAUCCAGCCUGCUGCAGAUAGAUUUCACCGGGAUAGCCGUGCCGGGCACGUCCAGCUCCCGCCACCAGCAGCAGCAGCAGCGGGCCCCGUCAGUGCAGCAGUCCCAUGGCCUGGACUCCGGAGAGAAGAUGACACCCACACAGGGCCUGGACAGCCCCGCGUUGAUCCGGAGCAUGCUACUGUCCAACCCCCACGACCUGUCACUGCUCAAGGAGCGCAACCCGCCCCUGGCCGAAGCCCUGCUCAGCGGGAACCUCGACACAUUUUCUCAUGUCCUCAUGGAGCAGCAGAGAGAAAGGGCCCUGAGAGAGCAGGAGCGGCUUCGCCUCUACACUGCCGACCCAUUUGACUUGGAAGCUCAGGCCAAAAUAGAAGAAGAAAUCCGGCAGCAGAACAUCGAGGAAAAUAUGAACAUAGCGAUGGAGGAGGCUCCAGAAAGUUUCGGACAAGUGGCCAUGCUCUAUAUCAACUGCAAAGUGAAUGGACAUCCUCUGAAGGCCUUCGUGGACUCUGGAGCCCAGAUGACUAUCAUGAGCCAAGCUUGUGCCGAGAGAUGUAAUAUAAUACGGCUGGUGGACCGCCGGUGGGCUGGCAUUGCCAAAGGGGUGGGCACACAGAGGAUUAUUGGCCGAGUCCAUCUAGCUCAGAUUCAGAUUGAAGGCGAUUUCCUACAGUGCUCUUUCUCCAUCCUGGAGGAGCAGCCCAUGGACAUGCUUCUGGGGCUGGAUAUGCUCAGGAGACACCAGUGUUCCAUCGACUUGAAGAAGAAUGUGCUAGUGAUCGGCACCACUGGUACACAGACUCCCUUUCUUCCCGAGGGAGAGUUACCCCUGUGUGCCAAGCUGGUAAGUAGUGCUGGGCAACAAGAAUCUCCAGACAAAGAAGGAGCAGAUACUAUUAAGCAUUCAGUCAUGGAUUUAGGAUGGAGAAAACAUUGA